GAAACCCCGUGCUUUUAGGCCUGCGGCAGAGCCAUUUUGUUCGACUGGACUAAAGAAAGCCGACAUAACACCGGCACCCUGCUUAGUUUUUAGUUUUGGGGACAAAAAGCUCAUCACGGCGGAUCUGCAUCGCGUUCACCUUUUGGAAUACUUAGAUGUCGGAGGACAUGGCCACGGAUCACGUCAACGGCAACGGGACGGAGGAACCAAUGGACACAACAGCAGCCGUCACACGCUCGGAACACUUCCAGACCUUGCUGGAAGCCGGCUUACCGCAGAAAGUGGCGGAGAAGCUUGAUGAACUCUACAUAGCAGGGCUGGUAGCGCACAGUGACCUUGAUGAAAGGGCUAUUGAAGCUUUGAAAGAGUUCACAGAGGAGGGGGCCUUGCAGGUUCUGGUCCAGUUUAAAGAGAGCGAUUUGUCACAUGUUCAGAAUAAAAGUGCCUAUCUGUGUGGCGUGAUGAAGACCUACAGGCAGAGGGAAAAACAAGGGACUAAAGUUUCAGACUCCACUAAAGGACCAGACGAGGGGAAAAUCAAAGAACUGUUGGACAGAACGUGCUAUACUCUUGAUGUCACAACAGGCCAGCGAAAAUAUGGUGGACCCCCACCCGAGUCGGUGUACACGGGACCCCAACCCACUGUGGGAACAGAGAUAUUUAUAGGGAAGAUUCCCCGUGACUUGUUUGAAGAUGAGCUGGUUCCUCUCUUUGAGAGGGCGGGGCCUAUCUGGGACCUGCGGCUCAUGAUGGACCCUCUGAGUGGCUUGAACCGGGGCUAUGCCUUUGUCACGUUCUGCGCCAAAGAGUCUGCUCAGGAGGCAGUGAAGCUGUGUAAUAAUUACGAGAUCCGCCCAGGCAAACACAUCGGCGUGUGCAUAUCCGUGGCCAACAACCGGCUCUUUGUGGGCUCCAUCCCCAAAAGCAAAACAAAGGAGCAGAUUGUGGAAGAGUUCUCUAAAGUCACAGAGGGCCUCAGUGACGUCAUUCUCUACCAUCAGCCGGACGACAAGAAGAAGAACAGAGGCUUCUGCUUCCUGGAGUAUGAGGACCAUAAAACUGCUGCUCAGGCCCGGCGACGGCUAAUGAGCGGCAAGGUGAAGGUCUGGGGCAGCGCGGUGAACGUGGAGUGGGCGGACCCCAUUGAAGACCCCGAUCCCGAAGUCAUGGCAAAGGUCAAGGUGCUGUUUGUGCGCAACCUCGCCAACAGCGUCACAGAGGAGAUCUUGGAGACCAGCUUCAGCCAGUUUGGAAAGCUGGAGCGAGUGAAGAAGCUGAAGGACUACGCCUUUGUUCACUUUGAGGAGCGGCAGGGUGCCGUGAAGGCGCUGGAGAACUUAAACGGCAAGGAGCUGGAAGGAGAGCCCAUAGAAAUAGUGUUUGCCAAACCGCCAGACCAGAAAAGGAAGGAGCGUAAAGCUCAGAGACAAGCUGCCAAAACACAAAUGUAUGACGACUAUUACUAUUACCCUCCCCCGCCCCACAUGACGCCUCCCACUAGAGGGCGGGGCCGAGGCAGCGGCCGGGGUGGUUACUCGUACUCCCCGGACUACUACGGCUACGAGGACUACUAUGACUACUACGGCUAUGACUAUCACAACUACCGUGGCGGCUACGAUGACCCCUACUAUGGCUACGAAGACUUCCAGUCCCCAGCCCGAGGACGGGGGGGCAACAGGGGCGCCAGGGGCGCAGCCUCCCCGGGCAGAGGGCGCGGCGGAGCCGGCCCACCACGAGGCAGAGCCGGCUUCACCCAACGCGGUGGACCCGGACCGGUCCGAGGAGGUCGGGGCACCAGAGGAGGCUUGCAGCCGCGAGGGCGAGGAGGGCAGGGCAAAGGUGUCGAGGCCCUCCCUGAUGUUUCGCCGUGAGGAUGCACGGCAUCCCGCGCUGCAGGCUGGAUGCGACGACGUUUGACGAGAGGUGGGGGAGGGGCUCCCUGCGUGGCUCCCGACCGCACCGCAUCAGGACCCGCUGGUCGCCGUACGACAAGCAGGGCCGACCGGCCGGUCUUCACGGUGGGGAUCGUGUGAGGAGGAGGAGGAGUACGACUUUCAGCGUGAACAGUCUUAAGUGUUUGUCGGGAACGUUUGUUAUAAAUUCUUACUGUGUGAUUGACUGAGCCUGUUCACUUGUACGUGACCUUUCACCUUUACAUGUUGUUGCUGUAGUUUGGCAAGAGAAGACUUCCUGGUGAGGAUGCGGAGGAAACUUCAUUUAAAAAUGCCAAAAAAAGUCACCUGUUUUUCAAAGGUGCCCUGCCUUUUUUAUCACAAAGUUAGUAUUUUAAUAUAUAUUUUUAUUUCAGAGGUUUGUUAGGCUCGUUUUUUGCCAGCUUAUUUUAAAAUGGUAACUUUUGAUCCCCAAGAAGAGUCUUUUUGCUAACAAAUGUUUAUUUUGUACUGAAUAUUGACUUGUACAUAUUUUUCUAAUAAAGACUUGAUGCUU